CUCCUACUCAUUUAGCAAUAGAAGAAAGUCUAAACUCAAUUACCUCACAAUCAACUAAGCCAUGGCUCUCAUCCUGCAUACUGGUGAAGGAAACAAAAAUGCUUACAAGGCACUCAUUGCUGCCGAGUAUGCUUCUGUCCAAGUCCAGUACACCCCUAACUUUGAAUUUGGUGUCUCUAAUAAAACACCUCAAUUCCUCAAAAUGAAUCCUCUCGGCAAGGUUCCCGUUUUGGAAACCCUUCACGGCCCUGUCUUCGAGAGCAACGCUAUUGCUCGUUAUGUUGCUCGAUCCAAGGAUGACAACACUCUCUAUGGAUCUUCUCUCGUCGAAUAUCCCUCCCUUUCAGCUCAGGUUGAACAAUGGAUUGAUUUCUCAUCAUUGGAGAUUGAUUCCAACAUUCUUAGGUGGUACUACUCUAGAUUGGGAUAUGAGCCAUACCUUCCUCCUAGUACGUACUAUCUCUACGAACCAAAGAAGGAGGCCAAGAAGGUCGCUGAAAAGUCCAAAGAAGCAGAGGCUGGAGAGGAGGCACCCAAGCCCAAACCCAAGAAUCCACUUGAUCUUCUUCCUCCCUGUAAGAUGGUACUGGAUGAAUGGAAAAGACUUUACUCAAACACUAAAUCCAACUUCAGGGAGGUUGCAAUCAAAGGAUUUUGGGAUAUGUAUGAUCCUGAAGGAUAUUCUCUCUGGUUCUGUGACUACAAAUACCAAGAUGAGAACACUGUUUCCUUCGUGACUUUGAACAAGGUUGGUGGAUUUCUUCAGCGGAUGGAUUUGGCCCGCAAGUAUGCAUUUGGAAAGAUGCUUAUCAUUGGAUCUGAGCCACCUUUUAAGAUGCAAGUCAGUCCCGGAUUUGAAAAAGAGAUAUUUAAGAAUCCAUGUUGUACUGUUUUGGUAAGAUCUGUGUGGGCAGUAAUGUAUGAUUUCUUAACUGAAGCGAACCCUAUUUUCAGGUUAUUUUACGUGUAUUCGAUUAAUGUAGCAGUGUAUUUCAAUGGUUGCAACGCUGCUGUUGAAACCAAGAUUCCAGAUGGCCCCGAAUUCCUUGCCACCUUGAGAGAAACGUUGAAUAAUUUGCUUCCUGAUUUCGAUAAUAGAAGGGUGACAAAGAUCGAGUUUCGGGAGGACUAG